GGCCGUUGCCUGGGGGAUGAGCUCGGAGAAGGGGAACGUGUCGCGCACGCGGCCCCAGCGCUACCAGAACACGCGCGCCUUCAAGAACGACAAGUACGACACCAGCGCCCGGCGCAAGAAAAUAAAUGCUAAGCUUCAUGAUGGAGUGUGUCAGCAUUGCAAAGGUAUCUUGGAGUGGCGGGUAAAAUUCAGCAAGUACAAACUACUAUCAAAACCUAAAAAAUGUGUGAAGUGCCUCCAGAAGACUGUAAAAGAUCCUUACCAUAUUAUUUGUCGACCAUGUGCUGGUAAACUAGAAGUUUGUGCUAAAUGUGGAAAAGAAGAAGAAAUAGUAAUUCCGAUUGAUAAAGGACAAGACAGAACUGAGAAUGUGACUACUAAAAAUGGCCAAGAGAACAGUGGCUUGGAGGAUGAGCUGGAUUUUGAUACAAACUUCAGUAGUACAGAUAGUGAUGAAGGUUCUGAUGUGCUUGAAGAACGAUUUAAAAGUAUGAAUUUUGAAAGGGCAGAGAUCUAAAAGGUUGAGUUUAUAUGAAAGACUAUAUGCAAUCAAAAGUGGUAAACCAAUGUUUGCCUUAAACUGCUGUGAAAACCUGAUUUGACAUCUAAGGUCUUUGCAUAUAAAUGUUGGCACUGUAUUAUAAUGGUUGUUGGGGGGUUUGUAUAAAUAAAUAUUUUUUGUCUUAAGAGCAUAAUUUCAUGUGAAAAGAUUCAGAAAUUGAACCUUCAGGCAUAGUUACUUAUUGCGUGUAUGUAACAACUUCCUGUUUCUCUGGAAUAAAGCUUCUUUGUGUAGUUGUUCUAAAUUCAA